AUGACGAAAAACGAUAGAUUUUUGUUGUUGUUCUUGUUCUCGUUGGUCGUUGUGAGUGCUUAUGGCAAAAAGAAACAUGAAAAUCGACCGGUGGUGACUUACGAUUCGCGCUCGCUUAUCAUCAAUGGGACCCGAGAAUUACUUUUCUCUGGUUCUAUACAUUAUCCACGUAGCACACCAAAGAUGUGGCCUGACCUAAUCAGAAAGGCUAAAGAAGGUGGAUUGAACGUGAUACAAACUUAUGUGUUUUGGAAUAUUCACGAACCUGUACAAGGACAGUUCAAUUUCGAAGGCAACUAUGACUUGGUGAAAUUUAUCAAAACAAUUGGUGAGAAUGGUAUGUGGGUGACCCUAAGAAUUGGACCUUACAUUGAGGCUGAAUGGAAUUUGGGAGGAUUCCCAUACUGGUUGAAGGAGGUACCAAACAUCACCUUUCGUUCCUAUAAUGAACCUUUCAUGUACCACAUGAAAAGGUAUGCUGAGAUGGUCAUUAAUUUGGUUAAGAAAGAGAAGCUCUUUGCAGACCAAGGAGGCCCAAUUAUCAUGGCCCAGAUUGAGAACGAGUACAACAAUGUCCAACUCGCAUACAAAGAGGCCGGUCAAAACUACGUUAAGUGGGCCGCUGAUUUGGCGGUGGGCCUGCACAAUGGAGUGCCAUGGGUGAUGUGCAAGCAAAAGGAUGCCCCUCAGACAGUUAUUAGUACUUGCAAUGGAAGACAAUGUGGGGACACUUUCCCCGGACCAAAUGGGCCCGACAAGCCUUCUCUCUGGACCGAGAAUUGGACGGCCCAGUACAGAGUCUUCGGCGACCCGCCCUCUCAACGGGCGGCUGAGGACCUUGCAUUUUCCGUUGCUCGUUUCUUUGCAAGAAACGGAACCCUCAACAACUAUUACAUGUACCAUGGUGGGACCAAUUUUGGGCGAACGAGUUCAUCUUUCGUGACAACCCGUUACUAUGACGAAGCUCCACUAGAUGAAUUUGGUUUGAAGAGGGAACCAAAGUUCGGACACUUGAGGGACUUGCACAGGGCACUGAGGUUGAGCAAAAAGCCACUGUUGUGGGGUACUCAACACGUUCAAAAGAUUAGUGAAGACUUAGAGAUCACGACUUAUGAGAAGGUAGGAACAAAAAUUUGCGCUGCAUUCUUGACCAACAACAAUUCGAGGGAGGACGCGACUAUCAACUUCAGGGGCGUUGACUAUUUCUUGCCAGCUAAAUCCAUCAGCAUUUUACCUGAUUGUCGCACUGUAGUUUACAACACUCAAACGGUUGUGGCACAACACAGUGCGAGAAACUUCGUACCCUCAAAGAAAGCAAAGUUCACUAAAUGGGAAAUGUACAAAGAAAGCGUGCCAAGCCCUCACGAUUUAGAGGUAAAGAGCAAGUCACCAAAGGAAUUGUACCAUUUCACUAAAGAUACCUCGGAUUAUGCAUGGUACAGUACCAGAAUCAACUUGGAAAGGCGUGACAUGCCAAGGCGUCCCGAUAUUCUUCCGGUGCUUCAGGUCGCUAGCCUUGGACAUGCAAUGCUUGCAUUCGUCAAUGGAGAAUACGUAGGUUUUGGGCACGGUAGCAAUGUCGAAAAGAGCCACGUGUUCAAAAACACUGUCAAUUUGAGGACUGGUGAUAACGAGAUAUCAAUACUGGCAAUGACAGUUGGUUUGCCGAAUAGUGGUGCAUAUAUGGAGAAAAGGUUUGCGGGGCCUAAAAUUAUCACGCUUGAAGGACUCAUGUCGGGGACUCUUGAUAUUACCCGUAACUAUUGGGGCCAAGAGGUUGGUGUAGCAGGCGAGAAAAUGCAACUGUUCACUGAAGAGGGGUCAAAGAAAGUCAAGUGGGUUGAGGCAAAUGCAACUCCUUCACCUAUUACCUGGUACAAGACAUACUUUGAUGCACCAGAAGGCGAAAACCCAGUGGCAAUUAGAAUGCCAAGCAUGUCAAAGGGCAUGGUUUGGGUCAACGGUCAAAGCAUUGGCCGAUAUUGGGAUUCUUACGUGUCACCAAGUGGGACCCCCACCCAAGAAGAGUAUCACAUUCCAAGAGAGUUCUUGAAGCCAAAGGGCAACCUACUCGUAGUGUUCGAGGAGACGGGCGGUAACCCGGAAAAGAUUGAGAUCGUGACCGUUAAUCGGGACACGAUCUGCAGCGUGAUCACCGAAUACCACCACCCGCAAGUCAAAACGUGGGAGAGGAAAAACAACGUAUUCCGAAACAUAACAGACCCGAUUAAAGCCGCGUACCUCACUUGCCCUGAUAACAAGCUAAUCACCAAAGUCGAGUUCGCAAGCUUUGGGAACUCGGAUGGUGCGUGUGGGGGCUUCAAGCCUAGCCCGUGCGAUUCUACUGCGGUCCAUGGUCUUGUUGAGAAGGUUUGCUUGGGGAAAUCAGCAUGCACAAUCCCAUUUGAAAGGGAGCAGCUGCUUAAUGGUGGCAAAGAACUGUGCCCACAUGUUGAAAAGACUUUGGCAAUUCAAGUGAAAUGUGGUCGUCCGAGAAAGAAUAAGGCCGAUGCUUGA